CCCGCACGGAGGCCUGCAUCGGCGCUUGGGCAGAUUAUUUCGGCUGAACAGGUGGUUUAGUCAUCAACGAAAGGAAGACGGGCUAUUCGUUUCGUUGAAACCCUCAAGGCUAGAGCUCAAUUGCAGAAGUGGAGGGCCAGCUGUUGGCGAUCAAUGAUGCUUCACUGUUAUAAUUCUAGAGAGAUUGGGCGCGAUAAUAUUCAGAAUUCAGUCCAAUUUCACGUACUUUCUCCGUGUAAGCUUCAAAAUCUCCAAUCUCGUUUUAUUACUAGGGUUUCUCUUGGGUCCCCGAAAGAAGUUAACGCUUCUUCAGAGUCUAACCUCCAUUGCCAGAGUACUAGAGACAGACAUUCAAAAUUUGCACCUUUAAUUUUACCUGCUUUUGGAACCGAACAGAACUUGCACACACCCGUGAGAACCUGGCUUCGUAGGCCAAACCCUAGAGGAACUAAGAUUUCUGUAGGGUUUAAGCUCCAUUGUCACACGAGACCUGUAGUUUCUGCAACAAAAUCCCCUAAAAAAACAAGGAAAAAGGCAGACGAUGGUCCGUUGCAUUCAAUAUUAAGCGCCUUAAAGACCAAAGGCGACAUUUCUGAAAUCCUAAAUUCGUGGAUCGGAAAGCUUAGUCCGAAGGAACAAACUGUAAUUCUCAGAGAGCAGAGAGAUUGGGAAAGAGUCCUCCUUGUGUUCCGGUGGAUGAAAUCCCAGAAAGACUACGUACCCAAUGUAAUUCAUUACAAUGUGGUGCUUCGGUCUCUCGGUAGAGCUCAGAGGUGGGAUGAACUACGGCUCUGCUGGAUUGAGAUGGCGAAAGAGGGUGUUCUGCCAACCAACAACACUUACGGGAUGCUUGUCGACGUUUAUGGAAAAGCGGGUCUGGGUAAGGAAGCCCUUUUAUGGCUCAGACACAUGCGAUUAAGGGGUCUGUUUCCGGAUGAGGUUACGAUGAACACUGUUGUCCGGGUCCUCAAAGAAGCUGGAGAAUUUGAUCUAGGGGAGAAAUUCUUCAAGGAUUGGUGUGCAGGACAGGUUGAUUUGGAUCAUCUGGAUUUGAAUUCAAAUUCUGAUUUGAUGUCGGAAUCGGACCCCAUUAGUCUAAAACAUUUCUUGUCGACUGAGCUUUUCAAAGCUGGGGGCCGGAUCCCUACUUCCAAAAUGUUGUCUUCUGCUGCAGUGAUAGAGAGUUCCGUUCAAAAACCACGACUUGCUGCUACAUAUAAUACAUUGAUCGAUCUUUAUGGCAAGGCAGGUCGGCUGAAGGAUGCAGCUGAUGCAUUUGCUGAGAUGUUGAAAGCUGGUGUUGAACCAGACAUAUAUACUUUCAAUACCAUGAUCUUUAUUUGUGGGGCUCAUGAGCAUUUAGCAGAGGCAGAAGCUUUGCUUAGUAAGAUGGAAGAAAGGGGAAUUUCUCCUGAUACCAAGACUUACAACAUCUUUCUAUCUCUGUAUGCCAAUGUGGGGGACAUCGAUGCGGCCCUCAAUUGCUACAGGAAGAUCAGAGAGGUCGGUCUGUUCCCUGAUACUGUAACCCACAGAGCUGUUCUUCAUGUAUUGUGUAAAAGGAAUAUGGUUCAAGAAGUUGAGAGUGUGAUUAAAGAAAUGGAUAAAUCUGGUUUACAUAUUGAUGAGCAUUCUCUUCCUCCUAUUGUUAAGAUGUAUGUUGAAGAAGGAUUUCUCGAUAGGGCAAUGAUACUUCUUGGAAAGUAUCAAUUCAAUGAUGUGACUACAUCCAAGACAUUUGCUGCAGUAAUAGAUGCUUUUGCAGGGAGGGGUCUUUGGAAGGAAGCCGAGGCCGUGUUCUCUGGAAAUAAGGAUUCAUCAGGACACAAGAAGGACGUUUUACAAUACAAUGUCAUGAUCAAAGCAUAUGGGAAGGCAAAACUGUAUGAUAGUGCUCUUUCACUCUUCAGGAACAUGAGAAGUAAUGGAACUUGGCCAGAUGAGUGCACGUAUAAUUCUCUCAUUCAAAUGCUCUCGGGUGGUGAUUUAGUGGAUCAGGCAAGGGAAUUCUUGGCUGAAAUGCAAGAAGUAGGGUUUAAACCACGGUGUGCAACCUUUUCUGCUGUUAUUGCAUGCUAUGCACGUUUGGGCAAGGUUUCUGAGGCAGUGGAUGUUUAUAAAGAAAUGUACAAAGCAGGAGUUGAACCGAAUGAGGUUAUUUAUGGGUCUUUGAUAAAUGGCUUUGCUGAAGCUCGGAAGGUCGAUGAGGCCUUUUACUAUUUCCAUGUGAUGGAGGAAUCUGGAAUUCCUGUGAAUCAUAUAGUCCUCACAUCUUUGAUUAAGGCUUACAGUAAGGUGGGAUGCUUGGAAGGAGCACAGAAGCUGUAUGAGAAGAUGAAAGAUUUGGAGGGUGGUCCUGAUAUUGUUGCAUCCAAUAGCAUGAUCAAUCUCUAUGCAGAUCUUGGGAUGGUAUCUGAAGCUAAAUUAAUUUUUGAUAAUUUAAGACAGAAUGGCCAGGCAGAUGGCGUGUCAUUUGCCACUAUGAUGUACCUUUACAAGAGCAUCGGCCUGCUUGAUGAAGCUAUUGAUAUUGCUCAUGAGAUGCAACUAUCAGGUUUGCUUAGGGACUGUCCUUCAUUUAAUACAGUGAUGGCAUCUUAUGCCACGAAUGGACAGCUAAGGGAGUGUGGUGAACUGUUGCAUCAGAUGGUAACACAGAAAAUUUUGCCUGAUAGUGGGACUUUUAAAAUAAUGUUCACUGUGUUGAAGAAAGGGGGCCUACCAGUUGAGGCUGUGAUGCAGCUUCAGUUAUCAUACAGCGAUGGAAAUCCUUACUCCAGGCAAGCCAUAAUAGCCUCCGUCUUCUGUAUUGUGGGUCUACAUGCUUUUGCUCUGGAAGCCUGUGAGACCUUCACUAAGGCUGAAGUGGGUCUUGAUUCUUCCAUAUACAAUGUUGCAAUAUAUAUUUAUGGUUCUUCUGGGGAGGUAAACAAGGCUCUCAAUAUUUUCAUGAAAAUGCAAGAUGGGGGGCUGGAACCAGACAUUGUUACUUUUAUCAAUCUGGCAGAUUGUUAUGGAAAAGCAGGAAUGGUGGAAGGCGUAAGGCGGAUUUACAAUCAAUUGAAAUUUGGGGAGAUCAGGAGCAAUGAGUCCCUGUUUAGGGCUAUUAUAAGUGCCUAUAAGAGUGCUAAUAGGUAUGACCUUGCCGAAAUGGUUUGCCAAGAGAUGAAAUUCACCUUCAACAUGCAAGAGCACUCUGAUUUGGAAAAGGAAGUUGAAUCUGAUGAAGGAAUUUCUAUACCUAUAGAAUCCACAGAUCUCAUGACUUUGAAGUGAUUAGGAUGUUUAUGUUGUAUGAGCAGAAUUAGUCAUGUAAAUCUUGAAGCUAUUUAUUUGUCUACACUGUAUAGUACAUCAGUUAACCAGAUGAAAGAUUUUGUGUUUCUCAA